UCUCUGAGUACACCCUCCUCAUCUGUUAUGGGGGCGCUUGUAGCUGCUGGGAGGGCCCUGGGUGGAGCCCCAGGAAUGAGACAGGCUUUGGAGCCAUUCUUUGCAUACAGACGGUUUGAGGUUUGGAGGGCAGAAGGCCACUCUCCCAGUGCUGCUAAGGUUCCUACCUGUCUGGCAGAAGCCAGAGGCCUGACUCCUCUCCCGCAAGAUUCCCAGCUGGCCUGGGGGUGAUCAAUCACCCAUCUUACAUCGGAGGAAACCGAGGUUGGGAGAGGGGAGGCGACCGGCCCAAGUCAGGGAGGGAAUCCAUGGCUGAGCUGGGAUGCAUGGGAACUCAGCUCCCCUGGCUGAUAUCUGUUGAAAGUGGCUUUUGUCCCCUUAAUGUUCUAAUGACAAUAGUCAUUUGUGAUCGCUGAGAAACAUUAGGAACAUGGUGCAAGGCUAAAGAGGAAAGUCACGCACACCGGCCCUUUGCAGCUGGCAUCUGCCCCUCUGCUGUUUGUUCUGUUGUCCCGAGACCCUCACGCGUGCGGGGCGACUUUGGUGCUGGACGCCCACCUCCAGGGACAUACCUGCUCCACUUCCCGACGCCUUCCACCUGAGGUCCUGACGGGCCAGCAGUGUCCUUCAGAGGGAGCCUGCCGAGGUGCAGAGUCAGGUGGGACCCGUCGUCCUCCCCUCGUCCUUCAGCGCCCUUUGCAGGAGAAGGAGACUUGGGGCUUCUGGCCCAGCCACUCCCUCUUGUCCCUGCCCCCUCCCAACAGAGGCAGCGAUGGGCGCUGGCGGCCCCCGGCGAGGCGAGGGCCCCCCAGACGGCGGCUGGGGCUGGGUGGUGCUGGGCGCCUGCUUUGUGGUCACCGGCUUCGCCUACGGCUUCCCCAAAGCCGUGAGCGUCUUCUUCCGCGCUCUCAUGAGCGACUUCGGCGCCGGCUACAGCGACACGGCCUGGGUGUCCUCCAUCAUGCUGGCCAUGCUCUACGGCACGGGCCCUGUGUCCAGCAUCCUCGUGACCCGCUUUGGCUGUCGCCCGGUGAUGCUGGCGGGUGGGCUGCUGGCUUCCGCGGGCAUGAUCCUAGCUUCCUUUGCCACGCGCCUCCUGGAGCUCUACCUGACCGCUGGGGUGCUCACAGGCCUGGGCCUGGCCCUCAACUUCCAGCCGUCGCUCAUCAUGCUGGGGCUGUACUUCGAGCGGCGGCGGCCUCUGGCCAACGGGCUGGCGGCGGCGGGCAGCCCGGUGUUCCUGUCCGCGCUGUCGCCGCUCGGCCAGCAGCUGCUGGAGCGCUUCGGCUGGCGCGGCGGCUUCCUGCUGCUCGGCGGGCUCCUGCUGCACUGCUGCGCCUGCGGGGCUGUCAUGAGGCCGCCGCCCGGGCCGGGCCCGCGACCGCGCAGGGACAGCGCCGGCGACUGCGCCGGGGACGCUCCGGGCGAGGCGGAGGCUGACGGUGCGGGGCUGCAGCUGCGCGAGGCACCCCCCAGGGCCCGGCCCCGCCGGCGCCUGCUGGACUUGGCAGUGUGCACCGACCGCGCCUUCGCCGUGUACGCCGUCACCAAGUUCCUGAUGGCGCUUGGGCUCUUCGUCCCCGCCAUCCUGCUGGUGAACUACGCCAAGGACGCGGGCGUGCCCGACACCGACGCCGCCUUCCUGCUGUCCAUCGUGGGCUUCGUGGACAUCGUGGCGCGGCCGGCGUGCGGCGCCCUGGCGGGCCUGGCGCGUCUGCGACCGCACGUCCCGUAUCUGUUCAGCCUGGCCCUGCUGGCCAACGGGCUCACGGACCUGAGCAGCGCGCGCGCGCGCUCCUACGGCGCCCUCGUCGCCUUCUGCGUCGCCUUUGGCCUCUCCUACGGCAUGGUGGGCGCGCUGCAGUUCGAGGUGCUCAUGGCGGCUGUGGGAGCGCCCCGCUUCCCCAGUGCGCUGGGCCUGGUGUUGCUCGUGGAGGCCGUGGCUGUGCUCAUCGGACCGCCCUCUGCCGGCCGCCUGGUGGAUGCGUUGAAGAACUACGACAUCAUCUUCUACCUGGCCGGCUCUGAGGUGGCCCUGGCCGGGGUCUUCAUGGCUGUCGCCACCAACUGCUGCCUGCGUUAUGCUAAAGCUGCCCCGUCAGGAUCAGGCACUGAGGGCGGAGCCAGUGACACUGAGGACGCUGAGGCUGAAGGGGACUCUGAGCCCCUGCCUGUCGUCGCAGAGGAACCCGGCAACCUGGAGGCCCUGGAGGUGCUCAGCGCCCGGGGCGAGCCCACAGAACCAGAAAUAGAGGCAAGGCCAAGGCUGGCUGCCGAGUCUGUGUAACUCAGGGUGCACUGGGUGGGGUGGCCCAGUGACUUGGGAACACAGCUUCUUGUCUCAGAGAGUCUGGUACGCUGGGAGGCUGAUCUGGGAUGGUCACCCCUGGGGUCCACGUCUGGGCUCCAGUUGAUCCCCUGGGUGUCUGGGAACUGCCUCCCUCAUCUGUGCCCCAAGUUCCGCCAGGCCCUGCCCCCAUCGCCAGUGAAGCCGCUAUGGAGCAACAGGAAACUGUUGAUAAAACUCAGCUGAAUGACAGAAGGUUCUAUUCCUCCA